UUUUGUGUUUUAGUUUAACCGGGCGGGCGGUUUAUUGUAAACGUUUUUUACCGAAUAUUUUUGUAAAAUUAUUUUCAUUUGUACUUUAAUUUUAACCCAACGAUGGAUGAGGAUGAUGACUCUGGUGUACAUCGUCUUGAGGGUACAAGUGCCACGGAAAUGCGCGGUGGUUUGGUUAUAAAAAAGACCAAAACUGAUGACAACAAAUUUAAAGUGCCCAAACCAUCGAUCUUGGGCUUAGACAAGUUAGCUGCCCAGAAGCGUAAAGAACGUGAAGAGAGUCAGCGUUUAAUAUCCUUUAAGGAUAAUGAAAACGAUGAUGAGGACAAAGAUGUGCGAGCCGUUUCAACUCCCUCGUUGCCAAGUGAAUUUGCUUUUAAAAAGCCAGAUACGCAAAGUUUUCAAAAAAUGGGCCGUCAGUUAAGGGCUCCAAAGGAUGAGACACCCACACAUACGGGUGGUGUUUCUGAAGAAGCACGUGAACGUUUGAGAGAGCACAUCAAACGAGAUCGCUCUAAAGGUGGGGUGCAUUAUACCUCUAAAGACUAUGAUAGAGAACGUGAUCGCGAUAGGGACAGAGAGCGCAGCAGAUCGUCUUCGUCAUCUUCUUCGUCGAAGGACAGACGUGAUAGGGACCGUGACCGCGAUCGGGAUAGAGGACGUGAUAAACGGCGUGAUCAUAGAGAACGUGACCGCGAUAAUCGUAGUGAGCGCAGAGAUCGCAGUGAACGUGAGCGAGAUCGUGACUCUGAGAGAAGCGUUAAUACGCCACGCUUUAGAGAUGAACCACGAACUCCCAAUACAAUUUCUGUGUCGGGUAGCGCCUGGGAAGAGGACGAUGAGCCAGGUGAGCGUUCUUCGCGUAAAUCUUCCUGGGAUUUUCCCACGCCCAAAUCGUAUGCUAGUUCUGAAAAAGGGGAUUGGUCUCAACGCAGCGUCAGCAGUGGUUUCAGUUCCAGCCGCAGCCGUUCUCGUCGCGAUCAUAACCGAGAGGAUGAUACGGCCAGACCGACACCAGCUCAUAAGUAUAAUGCUUGGGCAAAUGAUCGCAAACGCUCAGGGGCCACACCCUCAACAAGCCGCAGCCAACGUCAGCCCUGGGGUGAGAGUGAAGAAGAUCGCGAUUUAUGGGAAGAGGAACAGCGACGUUUGGAUCGUGAGUGGUAUAACAUUGACGAGGGCUACGAUGAUGAAAACAAUCCCUUUGCCGGAGCCAAUGCUGACUACUUUCGCAAACGUGAAGAAAUGCUGGAACAAAAACGUACUAAACGCAUUAGUGCCCAGCAGAGACAAAACAAUAAAGACAAUGAGCUUUGGGAACGUAAUCGUAUGUUAACCUCAGGCGUUGUCAUGUCCAUAAAUGUUAAUGACGACUUCGAUGAGGAGGCUCUUGAGCGAGUGCAUUUAUUGGUACAUCACAUCAUUCCACCAUUUCUCGAUGGUCGUAUUGUGUUCACCAAACAACCAGAACCGGUUAUACCCGUCAAAGAUCCCACAUCAGAUAUGGCACUGAUAGCGCGUAAAGGCAGUACUCUGGUUAGGGUAUAUCGUGAGCAAAAAGAACGUCGUAAGGCUCAAAAGAAACACUGGGAAUUGGGUGGUACUAAACUUGGUAACAUUAUGGGCAUUGAGAAGAAAGCCGAUGAGGAAGAUGCUAAAUUCGAUAAAGAUUCCGAUACGGCUGACUAUCGUAAAGAUCAAAAAUUUGCCGAUCAUAUGCGUGAUCAGGAAGGUGGUUCUAGUGAUUUUGCCCGCAAGAAAUCCAUUACAGAACAAAGACGUUUUCUGCCCGUUUUUGCGGCUCGUCAGGAGCUGUUGAAUGUUAUAAGAGAAAACUCGGUCAUUAUUAUAGUGGGUGAGACGGGCAGCGGUAAGACUACGCAAUUGACUCAAUAUCUACAUGAGGAUGGCUAUAGCAAUUUCGGCAUGAUUGGCUGUACUCAGCCAAGAAGAGUGGCUGCCAUGUCGGUGGCCAAACGUGUGUCAGAUGAAAUGCAUACCAAGUUAGGUGAAGAAGUUGGCUAUGCUAUACGUUUUGAAGAUUGUACCUCGGAAAAGACUGUCAUUAAGUAUAUGACUGAUGGUAUUUUAUUGCGUGAAAGUUUACGUGAUCCUGAUUUAGAUGGUUAUUCUGCUAUUAUUAUGGAUGAAGCUCAUGAACGUUCCUUAUCGACGGAUGUUUUGUUUGGUUUGUUGCGUGAGAUCGUUGCCAGGCGACGUGAUUUAAAAUUGAUUGUUACCUCUGCCACUAUGGAUUCCACGAAAUUUGCUACUUUCUUUGGUAAUGUGCCAACAUUUACCAUACCUGGACGUACCUUUCCUGUUGAUGUUAUGUUUAGUAAAAAUACAUGUGAAGAUUAUGUGGAUGCGGCUGUAAAGCAAGCUCUACAAAUCCAUUUGACACCUAACGAGGGUGAUAUGUUGAUUUUUAUGCCGGGUCAAGAGGAUAUUGAGGUGACAUGUGAAGUGUUGGCCGAACGUUUGUUGGAAAUAGAAAAUGCUCCCGAAUUGUCUAUACUGCCAAUAUAUUCGCAACUGCCCUCCGAUUUACAAGCGAAAAUUUUUCAAAAAUCCCCCGAAGGUUUGCGUAAAUGUGUGGUGGCCACUAAUAUUGCGGAAACUUCUUUAACAGUGGAUGGUAUUAUUUAUGUUAUCGAUUCGGGUUAUUGUAAAUUAAAGGUGUAUAAUCCACGUAUUGGUAUGGAUGCUUUGCAAAUCUAUCCCAUAUCUCAAGCCAAUGCCAAUCAACGUUCCGGUCGUGCCGGACGUACUGGUCCCGGUCAGGCCUAUCGUUUGUAUACACAACGUCAGUAUAAGGAAGACUUGUUGGCAUUGACGGUACCCGAAAUACAACGUACUAAUUUGGCUAACACCGUUUUGCUGUUAAAAUCUUUGGGUGUUGUUGAUUUAUUGCAAUUUCAUUUCAUGGAUCCUCCUCCUCAGGAUAAUAUUUUGAAUUCAUUAUAUCAAUUAUGGAUUUUGGGUGCUUUAGAUCAUACGGGUGCCUUAACUCCCUUAGGCAGGCAAAUGGCUGAGUUUCCUUUGGAUCCACCUCAGUGUCAAAUGUUGAUAGUGUCCUGUCAAAUGGAAUGCAGUGCGGAAGUUUUGAUUAUAGUCUCCAUGUUGUCGGUGCCUUCAAUAUUUUACCGUCCAAAAGGUCGUGAAGAGGAGGCAGAUGGUGUUCGUGAAAAGUUUCAAGUACCUGAAUCAGAUCAUUUGACCUAUCUCAAUGUCUAUCUGCAGUGGAAACAAAACAACUAUAGUUCAAAUUGGUGCAAUGAACAUUUCAUACAUGUCAAGGCCAUGCGUAAGGUACGUGAAGUACGCCAACAGCUCAAAGACAUUUUAAUUCAGCAGAAACUGAAUGUGAAAUCAUGCGGCACCGAUUGGGAUAUUAUACGCAAAUGUAUUUGUUCAGCCUAUUUCUAUCAGGCAGCACGUCUUAAGGGCAUAGGGGAAUAUGUUAAUUUACGUACCGGCAUGCCUUGUCAUUUACAUCCUACUUCGGCCUUGUAUGGUCUGGGCACCACCCCUGACUAUGUGGUCUAUCAUGAAUUGGUUAUGACAGCUAAAGAGUAUAUGCAAUGUGCCACCGCUGUCGAUGGUUAUUGGUUGGCUGAAUUGGGUCCUAUGUUCUUUUCGGUCAAGGAAACGGGUCGCAGUGGUCGUGAGAAAAAGAAACAGGCUGCCGAACAUCUUAAGGAAAUGGAAACACAAAUGCGUUUGGCACAAGAGGAAAUUGAAGAACGUAAAAUCAAAGCUGCUCAGAGAGAAGAACAAUUGGCUAAUAAACAAGAAAUUGCUACACCGGGUGUCACAACUCCUAGACGUACCCCGGGGCGCAUCGGAUUGUAGUUUAAAAGGCCGUUUUUGGAAUUUUUGUUUUGAAUAGCUUUAGUUUAACAAAAGAAAAUGAUAAUUGUUUCUGCUAAAAAAAGGAAUAAAGUUGUAAAAUA